AUGUCCUCGAUCUGGAAGAACUACUUCGGUCAAGAUGAGGUCGCCUCGUCAGGCGCUACCCCACCGAACGACGAGUCUUUGCCUGCCAACUGGUACACCUCUCCCGAGAUGUGGGAGCUGGAGCGCCGUGCGAUCUUUUCCCGCAAGUGGAUGUUGAUCACCCAUAAGAUGCGCCUCCCUAGCACCGGUGACUACUUGGUCUAUAACAUUGCCGGGUACCCGUUUAUUCUAGUCCGCGACAAGGAUGGAAAUUUCAACGCAUUCCACAACGUCUGUCGACACCGUGCUUUUCCUGUGGUGACUGAGCAGGAGGGCAAGGCCAGAAUCUUCGCCUGCAAGUACCACGGCUGGUCGUAUGGCCUCAAUGGCAAACUCGCCAAGGCUCCUGGCUAUCAGGAUCUCGAGGGAUUCGACAAGAACAAGAAUGGCCUUUUCCAGAUCCAUGUCCACGUUGAUAACAAUGGAUUCGUAUGGGUCAACUUAGACGCCAAGGAAGAGCCCGAGAUUACGUGGGAAAGUGAUUUCAGCAAGAUUGAUUUGCAGGAACGGUUCAGGGGCAUCAACUGGGACGAGUACAGCUUCGAUCACACCUGGGACUUGGAGGGAGAGUACAACUGGAAGAUCCUUGCCGGCAGCCUUAACGAGCGCUACCACCCAAAUGCUUCCCACAACGUCGAUACCGAGGAUAGCAGCAUCACCGACUACGCUAACUCCACCCCAGAGCAAAUUGCCCGUGGCUUGAGGGUUGCCAGCACUUAUUACUUCCCUAACGCUUCUAUGACUGUUUCCCCGCACUUCUUCUUCAUGCAGAGAUUUGUGCCGACCUCCGCCACCAAAACCACGAUGCGGUAUGAAGUUUACCGCAACAAGAACACUAGCGACGAAGAUUUCGAGUUGAUUAGCCAAACAUACAAGCGGAUCAUGUCCGAGGACAAGGACCUGUGCAUGGCCGUCCAAAGCAAUCUGGGUAAUGAUGUGGAGAAGGGAUCCCUCCACCUUCAGACAGUUGUGCGCGAGCUUGUUUUGGAGCACUACAAGAAAGAGCAGGAAGCAGGUCGUGAGAUCUGGCCAACUCGCCAAACACUCCCAACCACUGCCACUACCAGCGAGGAGGACAUGACCUUCUGCAACAAGCUAGAUGCCCAGGCCAAGGGGUCUACAGCGGUCGGCGGACCGGUCAAGGCGGCCCGUCAAGAUCAGAAACGCGAGGAGCUCGAAGAUAUACCAGAGGCACCCUACUCAAAGAACAGCAACCCAUCCUCUGGUGAACCGGCUUUUGAGCGCUUCUCUCCCGGGUCGGGUUCUUUUUCUUUUGGAUUCGGCAAUAACGAGGACUCAAAUCCCCAUCCCUCUUCAGCGGGAGUCAGCAAAGCCUUGGAACUGUAUUUCCAUUACUGUCAUCGACAGCCGAUCUGGUGCUUCGAUUAUGAAGACCUCGAGGACAAGGGUAGUCUUUCGGACGAGCUUAUCUAUAGUGUCCUAGCUCUGACUGCGCGCUUUUCGCGUGAGCCGGGUCAGUCGCAGCGGUAUGGAAAUACCGCGCGAACGCUGAUCAUGCUCCGCGUGGCAAAUGGCUCAGUGGACCUCGAAACCAUCGAAAGUCUAUGCCUGCUUUCAUAUUCGUCAUUCAUAGACGGGGACGUGCACCUCGGUCGGUUCCAUCUUGGCCUCGCUUUUCAGCUUUGCCGGUCGGCGAUGAUGGACGUAGACUCCGGGUAUCCUCCUGAAAGUCCUUUGACUGAACGAAAGAAACGCUUGUUUUGGAGUCUCCAAUCACUCGAACAGACAUAUGGCCAGCAAAAUGGGUUUCUCAGCCUCCCGGCCGAGAACCUGCGUCCUUUUUGUGCUCCCCACGGCGGAGACCGGGGAUUUUCAAAGGAUUUCGAACCAAAGCCGCCCAAGUUACCCCGGGAUGAUAUUGGGUGCUCCACGCCCGAGGAUAUAGGCAUUUGGAGCUUGGCAGUUCAUUUCGGAUGGGUUUGGAGCAGGGUUCGCACCUAUGUAUCCGACUGCGCACAAAAUCGACUCAAGGAGCCCUGGCGCCAUGAUUCAACAUAUACAAUGAUACUCUCGGAUCUCACUGAGGUGGAGAAUAAGCUCUCUCAAUGCCACCGAUACGACUCGGUCAAAUUUUAUGAGCGGAAGGCAGAGGAACUGCGUAUGAACCGGGGGUACUGGACGCCAUGGCUGAAAGCGCAGUUCACGUAUCAUUGUAUCUUGGCUGUGCUAAACCACCCUUUCCUCUACAUCGUAGCAUCACAGUCGAAUCCGAACCUCUCUAUCCCCAACGCCUUUUGGAGACGCUCUUCCGAGCUGGUUGUGUUGCAUGCGACCUGGCUUGUUCGUAUGAUUGAUAUGGUCUCCGAAAGGAAAAUGCGCCUAAUUGAUCCCUUCUUUGGGCACGCCGCCGCGAUUGCAGCGACCGUACAUCUUUAUUAUUGUUCCGCAGCGGAUCCGCGACUCAAACAGAAAUCAAAAAUCGACUUCGAUAAAUGUCGGACCUUUCUGAAAAGUUUCGUUCCUUUCUCUGCAGCCUGCAAAGCUUUAGACCAAACUCUGGACAAGAUGACCCGAAUUGCAUGCGGCUCAGAAAAUGUCAACUACGACUGGAUGCCGUCCAAGAUCCACCUAAGUAUCCCGUUGAUGUGGGACCUACUCCAAAUCAACUGUAUACCAGAGCCGCAGGAGAUGUCUGGUGGCUUAUUACAUCCCACGUUGAUACCCGCCAUUUCACGAGACGACGCGGGGGAAAGCUCCUGUACGCUGGAGGUCAUCGUGGCCAUGUCACCUGAAGUCACUGUCAAUACGGCGGAUGGCGGACAGGCUGCCCAUAUGCAACCGAGCGUGGCCAACGUGUCAUCUAUGCAAUCCUCGCCAGACAGCCUCGCGUUCGCCGACAAGUUGGUCGCACCGGCUGACAGUCUCAUGAUGAAUACGCCAUGGCUCUGGACGGGCCAGUUUCCGGAUAUGGACAAUAUGGACUACCAGGAGCCCGAGUCCGGCAUGGGGAAUAUCGACGGAUUUUCUGCCUGGUGGGACAUUGGGAAUCUCUAG